CCGGUAGGCGGGGCCACGGCGGGGCCUUCCGGUCAUGUGAGGCGGGCGGGUGAAGCCGCGGUGCGGCGGCGCCAUGGCGGCCCCGUCCGAAACGGAGCGGCUGCUAGGCCGCGGCCCCGGCUACGGCACGACGGAAUCCCCGGCGGUGGCGGAGGAAGAAGAGCUCCGGCGCCGCCUCAAGUAUUUCUUCAUGAGUCCCUGCGAUAAGUACCGGGCCCGGGGGCGGCGGCCCGUUAAGUUGGGGCUGCAGCUGGCCAAGAUCCUCCUUGUCACCGUCCAGCUCAUCCUCUUCGGGCUCAGCAACCAGAUGGUGGUGACGUUCAAGGAGGAGAACACCAUCGCCUUCAAACACCUCUUCCUGAAGGACUAUGUGGACGGCGCGGAUGACACCUACGCCGUCUACACGCAACGUGACCUCUACGACCGCAUGUUUUACGCCAUGGAGAAGUAUUUGGCCAUUCCCAACGAGACCAUCGGCCGCUACGCCUACGUGCGGGGGGAGAGCGGAGGGAACCAGUCAGCCCUCAUGCUGUGCCAGCAAUAUUACCGUAAAGGGCGCAUCGAUCCGGCCAACGACACCUUCAACAUCGACCCCAAGAUUGUCACAGACUGCCUGGGAGUGGACCCCGAGGACCCACAGCCUCUUCCCCCAGAGCUGGACCGCAGCUACAAGAACUUCACCCUCAAAUUUCACAAACUCAUCAACGUCACCAUCCAGUUCAAGCUGAAAGCCAUCAACAUCCAAACCAUCAUCAACAACGAGAUCCCCGACUGCUACACCUUCACCAUCACCAUCACGUUUGACAACAAGGCACACAGCGGCCGGGUGAAAAUCCGCCUCGACAACCGGGCUGACAUCAAGGAGUGCAAAGAUCCCAGCGUCUUUGGCCGAGGUGACAACUCCUUCCGGCUGUUCUUUGACGUCGUUGUCAUCCUCGUCUGCUCGCUCUCCUUCAUCCUCUGCGCUCGCUCCAUUAUCCGGGGCGUCAUGUUGCAGCACGAGUUCAGCCAGUUCUUCCAGCGCCGUUACAACCAGAGCGUGUGCCUGUCGGACCGCAUGGAGUUCCUCAACGGCUGGUACAUCCUCCUGGUGAUCAGUGACGUCCUCACCGUGCUGGGAACCAUCAUGAAGAUCGGCAUUGAGUCCAAGAACUUCGCCAGCUACGACGUUUGCAGCAUCCUCCUGGGCACCUCCACGCUGCUGGUUUGGGUCGGGGUCAUUCGCUAUCUCACUUUCUUCCAGAAGUACAACAUCCUCAUCGUCACGCUCCGGGUGGCCCUCCCCAACGUCAUCCGCUUCUGCUGCUGCGUGGCCGUCAUCUAUCUGGGCUACUGCUUCUGCGGGUGGAUCGUGUUGGGCCCGUACCACGUCAAGUUCCGAUCCCUUUCCAUGGUGUCCGAGUGCCUCUUCUCCCUCAUCAACGGGGACGACAUGUUCGUUACCUUCGCCGAGAUGCAACAGAACAGUUACUUGGUGUGGCUCUUUAGCCAGAUCUACCUGUACACCUUCAUCAGCCUCUUCAUCUACAUGGUCCUCAGCCUCUUCAUCGCCCUCAUCACCGGUUCCUACGAGACCAUCAAGCACCAGUGCGAGGGCGAAACGCCCGUCUCCCAGCUCCACGCUUACAUCGCCCAGUGCAAGGACAGCCCCAAAUCGGGCAAGUACCGUCGCGACAGCGCCUCAUCCUGUUCCGUCUUCUGCUGCUGCGAACGGGCUCCUCUGCAAGACAACGCGCUGCUGGUGAAUUAAGGGAGGACCCCUCGGCACGGACCCCCAGGGACGUGAGGGAGCGGCGCCUUGUGCUCCCCGCCCCAGCCCCGAGCGCUUUUAAUUUAUUUUCUCGUCUGCUUUUACCAGCUCGGGGCCCCGAAGGGAUGGGGAGAGACAGCGCCUGUGUCCCCUGCACCCGGGGGACGCUAGAUGGACGCUGGUGGCCCUGUUAUUUUUCUUGACGGACCUUAGCCUUGCUGCUCCCAGUCCUGAACUGGAGCCGGGCACCCCUCGGGGGCUCAACGUGGGCCCUGCCCCCCCCCGGUUAUGUUUUAGGGGAGCAGCCUGCAGCCGUGCGACCCCCCCCCAGCUCUGUUUUGGGGGCAGCCUGGACCCCUGCAACCACUCGGCCCCAUUUUGGGGGCUCAUCCUGGAGCCCUACGACCCUCUCGGAUGUGUUUUGGGGGCUCAACCUGGAGCCCUGCAACCCCUUGGCUGCGUCGGGGAUGUGACCAAAGCCUCAUCCUAAAGCCCCCUGGUCCCUUGGCUGGGUCGGGGACUUGUCCCCAAGCCCAGUAGCCCCUUGGCCAUGCUGGGGACUCAUCCCUCCCCUUGUCCCCAAGCCUUACAGUCCCUUGGCAGUGUCAGGGAUGUGCCUGGGGCUUUGUCCCCAAGCCAAGAAGCCCCUUGGCCACGUCGGGGACUUGUCCCCGUCUCUGUCCCCAAGCCCAGUAGCCCCUUGGCCACAUCGGGGACUCGUCCCUGCCCGUGUCCCCAAGCCAAGUAGCCCCUUGGCCAUGUCGGGGGCUCGUCCCUGCUCUUGUCCCCAAGCCGAGCGGUCCCUUGGCUGUGCUGGGGACUCAUCCCUGCCCGUGUCCCCAAGCCAAAUAGCCCCUUGGCCACGUUGGGGACUUGUCCCUGUCCGUGUCCCCAAGCCAAGUAGCCCCUUGGCCACGUCGGGGGCUCGUCCCUGCCCUCAUCCCCACCCUCGUCCCCAAGCCAAGUAGCCCCUUGGCCACGUCGGGGGCUCGUCCCUGCCCUCAUCCCCAAGCCCAGCUGCCCUGUGGCAGCAUCAGGGACUUGUCCCCAAGCCCUGCAGCCAUUUCGGGGGGGAGCGUCUGGGCACGAAGGGCCGCAGCAGGUCCCUUUCACCCCCCCCCCCCCCAGCACACCUCAGGCACCUCUCUCCCACUCCAACCAGGACGGGGGCAGUGGGGUAAGAGCGAAAAACGGUUCCCCCGUCCCCGGGGUCUGUGGUUUGGGCAAAAGGGAGCUGUUUACACGCCGCGGGACGGGUCAAGGGCAUGUUUUGUAACCGGAGGAGCAGCUGCUCCCGGCUGGAGCGGGGCCAGCGGCCGCUCGUACCAGGCAUCGCUGCCUCCGCCUGCCUUCCCGGCACCCAAAAAGGCCCCAUUUAACCCCAAAUCGGGCGCUCGGCAUGGGCGGGGGGGGGUGGUCAGAGCUGCUCUCUGGAUGCGUCUCAUUCAUGGGGCGAGUUGUGGCCGGUCUCAGCCUGGAGGGGUGUUGGUUGCUGUGGGGGUUUUUUUUUUUUUUGCUCCCUAUUUUUGGGGGGGGGGGGAGUCGUGCCCCGUGUGGGGGUCCCGAUGGGUGCCCCCAUGGUGGGAGAAUAAAACACCCUGGGAGAAAA